GAGAAAGAGAGAGAGAGGAGAAGGGUUUGGAGUGUUUGGUUGACGGAAGUAGAGAGAAAAGAGAGAAAAUAAUGGCAACAAGGGAGAGAGCAGAAAUAGAGAAUGGUGUUUCAUUACCAUCUGUGGGUAUGGAUGCAAAUAAGCGUAGAGUGACAUAUUUCUACAAACCGAACAUCGACGCCCACUAUCAUGGUGAAGAGUACCCAAUGAAUCCUUUUCGUGUUGACAUUACCCACAACCUCAUCGUCCACUAUGGGCUACAUCGACUCAUGCAAAUCAAUCGCCCUUUCCUUGCCGACAAGGUUGACAUUGCCCGCUUCCAUUCCGAUGACUAUGUCGAGUUCCUGUCCACUGUUUCACCACAGAUCCUUGCUGAAAACUUUGAUUCCAACUAUUGCCAACUUAAGCGCUUCAACAUCGGUGGGGAUUUCCCUAUCUUGAACGGCCUUUUCGACUUUUGUCGUGUCUCUGCUGGCGGCUCUAUCGGUGCUGCUGUUUGCCUAAACUGCUCCAAUGCCGACAUCACCAUCAAUUGGGCUGGGGGUUGGCACCAUGCUAAAAAGACUAAAGCCUCUGGAUUUUGCUACGUCAACGACAUUGUUCUUGGCAUUCUUGAACUUCUCAAAGUUCAUAGGGUAUUUUUCUUUUCCUUU